CCGGCCGUGCCGGAGCCUUAGCCUUAGCCUUAGCCUUAGGCUUAGGCUUAGCCUUAGCCUUAGCCUUUACCGGAGCCUUUGCCGGGCCAUGACCCGCUGGGCCCGGCGGAUCGCCCCGCCCGGGGCCCGGGCGCUGCCCGCCACCCCCUGGGAGCAGCUGGCGCCGAGCGGCGAGCCGGAGCCGCCGCGGGCAGCCAGGAGCAGGAGGAGGAAAAAAGAGUACGAGAACCAGGACGUGAACGGGUUCGCGGCACACGGCGGGGACGAGGAGGAGGCGCGGAGGAAGGACAGGCGGCGGGAGAGCAGGAGGCUGAGGAGGCAGGAGAGGAAGAGGAACGCCAUGGUGUGUUUCCACUGCAGAGAACCUGGCCACGGCGUGGCUGAUUGUCCUGCAGUGCUGGAGAGCCAAGACAUGGGGACGGGGAUUUGCUACCGCUGCGGAUCCACGGAGCACGACCUCAGCAAAUGCAGAGCCAAGGUGGAUCCAGCUGCUGGGCCAUUUCCAUAUGCAAAGUGUUUCAUCUGUGGUGAGAUGGGACAUCUGUCAAGGUCGUGUCCAGAUAAUCCCAAGGGGUUGUAUGCUGAAGGUGGGGGCUGCAAGCUUUGUGGCUCUGUGGAGCACUUCAAAAAAGACUGCCCAGAGAAGCAGAAUGCAGAGCAGGUGACAGUCGGGCGCUGGACCCCCGGCCUGAGCGCGGACCACGAGGACGUCGCGGCCGCGCCGGCGCCGCAGAGAGCACAGCCCAAGGCACCCAAGGUUGUCACUUUCUGAGGGCUCCUGCCUCCCAAGGAGUUCUCCUGAGCUGCUGCACUGGAGUGCUGACGACAGAGAGCAGAGCCAGAAAAUCAGGCAAGCUGCAGAGGGACUGUUGCUUUUCUGUCUCCCCUCGUUUUCCCAGUUUGCCUCCUGAACUUGCCUGGCGUGCUGCAAAGCUGGGAACAACAGGAGCACAGCAAGUGGCUGUUUUAUUAAAGGAAUUGUGGGUGUUUUCUGAA